AUGGCGCCUCAAAAAUUCGUCAGCGCCAGUGUGCGCUACAAGACAAGACCAGCCGCACGCGUUCCGUUUCGCGACGAUACAUCGCUCCUAGCCUUUCGUUAUGAGCAGACCGUGCAGGCACAACCACCGAUUCUAAUGAUUCCAAUACCUCCUCGAAACCCUGCACGGGCGAGCAGACCAGUCUCCCUUGCCUCGCUCACUGCCGCCGCCGCCGCCGCAGCAGCAGCAGCAGCAGCAGCCGCCACCGCCUCCGCCUCCGCAGUUGUUGUCUCCCCGCCACUUAUUGCGCCGCCCCAAGAGCAGCACCCGGCUCUUCGCAAUCGCGAUAAUCCCUCUCCGACCACCGACGACUGGAAGCGCGAUUCGGGUCUGGCGCCGACGACAACCACUUCUUCGUCCACCAUUUACGAGGAGGACAUCGAUUACACGACGACGCUUUACAGCAAGCUUGGUGUUUGCGACGCCGACGUUGUCGCUGACACCGAGCCUGCAUCUGUUGUGCCUGUUCCUGAACAAGUGACUGAGCCUCGUCCGGCGAUUGUGGCACCGCUGUUUUUUGCUGACGGGAAGAGCUUCGCCACCCUCCAUAGCCAAGACGUGGUGCCCGGUGAUGCAAACUCGAGGCGUGCCCAAUCAGCAGAGCUCCCUCAUGCAUUCUUUGAAAGCCCCAGAGCAGCGCCCAUCCCUUCGUCCCCGAUCACUCGUUCUUCCUCGUACACCGACCCAUCUACACCCGCCAGCAUGUCAACUGAACAAUUUCGUUCGACCAGGAAACUGGUUCGAACAUCCAGCAACCGGACUGGAAUGCAUUCCAACAAAUUGAAGAAAAAGGCAAGCGUCGCAGGAGCGGGGUCCACAAGCAAUACAAGGUCCUUCAAAAGCCUUGAACUGCCGCGUUCCCCACCCAAGGUACCGGGGUUGGAUAUUGGCUCGAUGGAGGAUCCCUGCCCAAUCGAGCCAGGUAAAUCUGACAGUUCGGAAUUGACUCUGAUCACUACCACCAUUCCCACCGACAGGUUGAUUGAGGAUGACUUCCUAAGCCAGUUGACCUUCUCCAAGAGGGGCAGUGUCAUGUUUGGCGGGAAGCGUGCCGUAAGAAAGUCCAAAAUACUUGACCCUGCCCGUCCACAAAUGGACCAAGAAGGCCAACAUGUUGCUUCCCCGGGCGCGGCCGCCACACUUGACGCGCCCACGACGACGGCAGCGAAGACCCAUGUCGCCACUGCUGAAACAACGGAUAAGAGCCCACCAUCCCGUCCCCAAACGUCUAAGGCCAUACAGAUGCCUAGCAUUCGUGUCUUGCCUGUAGACGUCGAGAGGGAAUCACAAAAGGUGAGGUCUCUCUAUGAUUCUGUCGCCAAAGGGGACGACCGUGACGAUGGGGGGCCGGGCUCGUCGCAUCGCGACCGCCUUGAGCCUGCAGUGGAGGUCCCAUCGGACGAGGAAGAGAAUGUCGCAGACAGAUCUCGCCCAUCCUCAAGCGACAAUCGAUCCCAUCUGCCAACUACUCCCACACAAGCCGGUUCGGCUUCGUCGUCGCCGCCACAAGGUAGUUCGACCAACAAGGAGGAGUACGAGCUGGCUGGUGGCUUAGAAGACUGGGAGGAUGUGGAUGGUGCCGAUGUCGAUCGUUACGGCUUCAUAUUACCAAAUCCCCGGACCCUGGAGUCGAGAGCCAAUAGCAUGGACACGAGACAGAGCAGCAUGGAUGUCAAACCUCUGCGAUCUUUAUACUCGGCGCCCAAGAAGAGGAACGUCCUGACCAAAACGCCAGAUGGCACCCCAAAGGCUCUUUCAUCACUUGUGCCGGGGCGCGAACCCAGCAGGAAGGUGUCGGCGCGGUCGCUUAACACGCAGACCUCAGGUGUUUCGGGGCACUCUCUGAGGUCAUCUCGCUCGUCGGUGAGGGCAGCUGCCAACUUGCUGCCGCACAAUCGGGACAGGAAAUUGACCGACGAGGCGGGAGACAUGCUCACCUUGGCGCCAGGUCUUUCGGAUAUCGCCGAAGACCCCAAGGCCGAGAAGCUCACUGAUGCUCAAAAGAAGAAGGAGUGGCAGAGAGCAGAAAAGUGGAGGAAGAUGGCCAAGAUCAAUCGCAAAGGCCGACCCGGAGAAGGGAUGGAGUUUGAAUUUGACCCCACAAACAGCAAAGUCAUCGAUCGCACAUGGAAGGGCAUUCCAGACCGGUGGCGGGCUGCGGCUUGGUACUCGUUCCUUGCUUCGAGCGCCAAAAGCCAUGGAUCUACAACGACGGACGAGGAGCUUGUGGCCGAGUUUCAGCGGCUCCAGUAUGUAUCAUCAUCGGACGACACACAGAUCGAUCUUGAUGUGCCGCGGACCAUCAACCGCCACAUCAUGUUUCGUCGAAGGUACCGUGGAGGUCAGCGCCUCCUUUUCAGAGUGUUACAUGCACUCUCUCUACACUUCCCAGACACGGGAUAUGUGCAGGGUAUGGCUUCACUGGCCGCCACACUCCUCUGUUACUACGACGAGGAGAAGACAUUUGUCAUGCUAGUCAGGAUGUGGCGGUAUCGAGGUCUCGAGCGGUUGUACCAGCCUGGGUUUGCCAGCCUGAUGACGGCGUUGAGGGACUUUGAGCGCGACUGGCUGCCGAGCAAUGAUAUCGCCCGCAAGUUGUCAGAGCUCUGCAUCGACCCAACAGCAUAUGCCACACGCUGGUAUCUCACCCUCUUCAACCUUUCGAUCCCAUUCCAAGCCCAACUCCGAGUUUGGGACGUCUUUAUGCUCUUGGGAGAACCCUCGCCAAUACCGCCAGCAGAUGCCCCCGAAGCGCCCGUUGUCGGCCUCGACAUUCUACACGCAACUGGUGCCGCGCUGAUGCAUGCUCUUGGCGAGGUGCUUAUGGACUCGGACUUUGAGAACGCCAUGAAGGCUCUGACUUCUUGGAUACCAAUCCAUGACGAGGAGAUGCUCUUGAAGGUCACGAGGACCGAGUGGAAGCAGCGCCAGGGCAAGAAGAAGACUUAGGAUGUCAAGUCUUCGUGCCCUGAGUCUCCAUUUUUAGUAACAUCAUCGCCUGAGAGAAACCCUGACGCUUGAAUGAAUCCACCGGCGCCCAAAUCUACUGCGAAUACCUCGACCGAUGUGGCGGUACACUACAACGGCAUCUUGCCGCAGACUUUUUUUUCUUCUUCUUUUUUUCCCCCUUCCUUCUCCAGUCCAACAAUUUACUGGGCUUAAGAUAUGUAAUGAUAGGAUCGAUCAUGGCGUGGCCGCGAGGAUCCGGACUGUCGCCUUUUCAGGCACCUUUUACUUUUCAUUAUUUUGUACCUGUUUUACUGCUGCCCAGCGUCCUGUUGGCGUUCUCUCUUUGUUCGGAUAGGCGGUGUCAGGCAUGUCUAAAAAAGAACGUGCAUGUAUUUCUCUUUUGUCGUUUUCCUCCCAGUUUAAUACCCAUGCUUCUCCUUUAUCUUCUUCCCAACUUCUGGCAUCGGUACAUAAAUGUUGGAAUCGAAUCAAAUCGUCAAGAAUCGACAUUUGGGGUUCCCUGACCUCUACAUAACUUAUACCCCCUUUGUUUGACAGUUUAACGUCACGUACCGCAAUUUUUGAAGUUGAUGAUGAGGCGAAUGGCAGCUAAUGAGAGCAGAACCAGGGGCACAGGACUGGGCUUUGUGAUUAUUAUCUUGAUGUAAUGCUCAUUUCAUGUCUUCUUAAUGAUGAAACAAAAACAAUCAUAAUAUGAUGAUUUCUAUCCACGAUUGUGUUUUGACGUGUGCGCGAG